UCCGGAACGCCUGCGCUUGCGCCUGUGGUCCAGGAUGGGCUGGCAGCGGGUCCCAGUCUGCAGGCUGGUACUUCGGGUGGCCCGCGAUGGUUGGUUGGACUGAGACCGGCCCGGCUGGGUUGCAGACCUGGAGGGGGUGGCAGUGAGCGGCGGCGGAGGCUGCGGGGUUCCAUUUGGCUGACUGGGGAGUCGGCAGGCGGCAGGAGCCAUGCGGGGCCAGCGGAGCCUGCUGCUGGGCCCUGCCCGCCUCUGCCUGCGCCUGCUUCUGCUCCUGGGCUACAGGCGCCGCUGCCCACCUCUGCUCCGGGGCCUGGUACAGCGCUGGCGCUAUGGCAAGGUCUGCCUGCGCUCCCUGCUCUACAACUCCUUUGGGGGCAGUGACACCGCUGUUGAUGCUGCCUUUGAGCCUAUCUACUGGCUGGUGGACAACGUGAUCCGCUGGUGUGGGGUGGUGUUCGUGGUGUUGGUGAUUGUGCUGACCAGCUCCAUCGUGGCCAUCGCUUACCUGUGUGUCCUGCCUCUCAUCCUCCGAACAUACUCAGUGCCACGGCUCUGCUGGCACUUCUUCUACAGCCACUGGAAUCUGAUCCUUAUCGUCUUCCAUUACUACCAGGCCAUCACCACUCCACCUGGAUACCCACCCCAGGGCAGGAAUGAUAUCGCAACAGUCUCCAUCUGUAAGAAGUGCAUUUACCCCAAGCCGGCCCGAACACACCACUGCAGCAUUUGCAAUAGGUGUGUGCUGAAGAUGGAUCAUCACUGCCCCUGGCUAAACAACUGUGUGGGCCACUAUAACCAUCGGUACUUCUUCUCUUUCUGCUUUUUCAUGACUCUGGGCUGUGUCUACUGCAGCUAUGGAAGUUGGGACCUUUUCCGGGAAGCUUAUGCUGCCAUCGAGAAAAUGAAACAGCUCGACAAGAACAAACUACAGGCGGUUGCCAACCAGACAUAUCACCAGACCCCACCACCCAGCUUCUCCUUCCGAGAAAGAGUGACUCACAAGAGUCUUGUCUACCUCUGGUUCCUGUGCAGUUCUGUAGCACUUGCCUUGGGUGCCCUAACUAUUUGGCACGCUGUUCUCAUCAGUCGAGGUGAAACUAGUAUCGAAAGGCACAUCAACAGGAAGGAGAGACGUCGGCUGCAGGCCAAGGGCAGAGUUUUUAGGAAUCAUUACAACUACGGCUGCUUGGACAACUGGAAGGUAUUCCUGGGUGUGGACACACGAAGGCACUGGCUGACUCGGGUGCUGUUACCGUCCAGUCACCUGCCCCAUGGGAAUGGAAUGAGCUGGGACCCCCCUCCCUGGGUGACUGCUCACUCAGCCUCUGUGAUGGCGGUGUGAGCUGGAUGUGUCAGCCACAACUUGAGCACCACUCUGCUUCCUGCAUUGUCUCAACGGCCUCCAAGGAUAGCUUCUUGGAAUCCUUGGGCAAAAAAAUCAGUGGGCCUGCCUUAGAGUAUCAUGCAGGGACAACUCAAGGACCAGUCUCUUGGCCACUGCAGAAACAAGGCAUGAUGUGGAAAAAUCAUAGGACUGAUGUCCCUUUACUCAGCUCAGGCAAACUGAAGUUCCAGCCCCAGACUGGAGAUUAGGCAGCUAGCAACCUUGCCAGGUGCUGACCCCGACCUCCUCCAGGUUCCAGCACUGGGGUUGGCCACCACCUCUUCCACUUGCUAUUUGAGAAAACACCUGAACAGUAGAGCGGAGAUUCUGGCUUCUCAACAGGGCAAGACACCAGGCGUACUGCUGAGGUCACUGCCACUUCUCAUAUGCUGCUGAAGGUGAAGAAUAAAGGUAUUUGAUUUUUAAAGAUA